AAAGAGAAUCGGUGUGCGGGUGUGAGGGACAAGGAGCGCGGCACUCGGAGGCAUCUGAGUCAGAAAGGAAACAUGCAGAAGGGAAAAUGUAGGGAGGGACUACAAUGAGGUCGGAUGAUUGGAUGACUAAAAAGCUGAAGAAGGAGAAGACAUGGCCACUCCGCCUCCCCUCUUUCCCAGGACUAUCUUUCUCACACGGCCCGACCAGGCCUCAAAACCCACACGAGAGUCUCCCUCGGGACCGCACUGCCAAGAAACUGUUAACGCAAAGGCUAGUCACUUUGGAAGAAGUCAAUCGCUGAGCACCACAAAGCCCCUCCCACCAUUACCAAGAUGGACGUCUCAUUCGGAACCGCUUUAUGAAAGUCCGGACUUGCUUGAAAACACCCAAAAUGUGCAGGAUGCUCCUCAGAAGCCAGAGACUGACCAGGUUUCGAGAAUCCGGUCGUUAAACUUGAAGAAGCGGAAGCCCCUGCCACCGUUACCCGCAUGGACAUCAAAUCCAGAGCGACUGUAUGAGAAUCCAGACUUGCUUACGAACGACUGCGUUGAGCAAGAGCAGGACCACAAGGGAUCCGAGGCUCAAAGUCUUUCUCGCCAGCCACCUCCUCUUCCCCCUAAGCCCCUGAAACCUCCCAGAAUUCCCUUUUAUGGGACAAAUUCAGGACUUGAAAGUGACUCCAAUGCAGAGUGUCCUGGCACAAUACCAAAUCUGAAGCUCUCCAGAGACAGUGGGGAAAAGUUGCCACGGCCCCCACCUCUACCGCCACCCCUAUAUCCGAGACUGGCAACCUCAGCGUCGCACUCCCCCUCUGUAUCAGACUCUAAGAACAUUCCCAUAUACCUGGAGAUACUUCCAGAUACCACUCCUGGGCAUCAAAGAACAAACAAGCCUCUGCCACUGUUACCCAAAGCAAGACCUCAUACUGAUGAUGAGAACAAGAACUUUGCCAUUUACCAGGAUCUGCAAGACUCAGGCUAUAAGUCGAAGGAGACAGAUGAGCUGACUGAAUGGUGGAACACAGUGGAGCCGUGGGAGGAUAUAUCCUUGGGAGAUGGAUCAAGUGCGGAGGAAAAGUUGAAAGUGUUCAGACUGAAAGUUCACAGGAUACAAAUGGCGAUGAAGUUUUUCACCAGCUGCUUCAACAAGAGUGCCGAGACUCUCCGGAGCUAUAUAGCUGAGUUAAAUGGCGUUGUGGAGAACAGCGACAAAAUUAGCAGGAAAAUGAAGAUUCAAGCCAUCACUGGGGGUGCCACUGGGGGAAUUGGCAGUGUGGCAAUAGUGGCGGGCAUCGUCCUAGCCCCCAUAACCAUGGGGGCCUCACUGGCGGUGACAGCAGUAGGAGUGGGGGCAGUCGCAGCAGGUGGGGCGACUGGGGCUGCAGCUGCCAUUGCAAACAAAAAAAGAAGCAGCUCUGACAAGAAGAAGGUGGAGCAGAUAGUACAUGACUACAAGGCUGAAGUCUUGGACAUUGACAGGAGUCUGGAGUUCGUUGCCGCCGGAGUGAGGGAGCUGAAAAAACACGACAUCUCCAAGCUGAAAUUUGAGGGUCAUGAGGAUGAGAGGUCAGUGCUGGUUGUGGCAGAACUGGCCAAGAACAACGUCAGCUCCAUUCAGACGGCCUGCAGGUCCUCUGGGAUCCUGCAAGGCUUCGUGCUGGACGACUGUAGCUCUGAUGAGGACAGCCAGAAGCAGAAGAAAGACUCCAUGACCAAAUUUGGGAGGAACGUCCAUGAGUUCACCCAACAACUGCAGGAGGCCCUGGAUGACCUCAACAGAGUUCAGGAAAUUUUCUCCACUGUAACUUCACAGGUCUUAGCCAUGGCUCUAAAUUCUACGCUUGGCCUGGAAGACACGGAGGGCCUGCUCUGGGAGCCCUCGUGUCUGACGGUUGACCCCCUUGGGGCUCUCCUGGACAAAGAUGGAGAGGAACCUCUAGCUGGGGGACCGACGUCCCCCUUCUCAUCAUCCUUAUACUAUGCUGACACCUCCCUCACUUCCCCACUUUCAGUUGUCUCCCCUCCCUCUCCCCUGAGCAGUAAGGUAGGGACUGAACUGCUCUCCCUCCGCUGGCUGUCAGAUGAGCUGCUGGAUGCCACAAUCAGUGCAGAUAGCAGCAAAGAGGAUGCAUUCUCUGGCAUGGACUGGAUGGCAGAGAAGAUAGACCUGAGUGAGUUUGACCUGGACUCACUUAUGGGUUCCUGUGACUCUGAAGAAGCCCCAAGCUCCCCUGAAGACCUCAUUGCCUCUCUGGACUCUCCCAUGGAUCUAGAUCCUCUCCCACUCUCUGAUCCCCUAUUCACCCCCUUUGCCACCCAAGAGAUUAGUGACCAUUUGUCUGAAUUUCCCAGCCACCCUCAAAUUGACACAGAGGUGAAAUCUGAGCCCCCUUCCCCAGGCCUGCCCUCUUCCCUUUCUCCUCCUCCUUCCCCUAGCUUCACUCUGGACCUAGGCAGUGAGGUGGACAUCUCGGCAAAUGAGAAGUCAGCACCUGUGGAGAAUACCCCAGUGCCGAAAAUUGUCCUCUCCCUCUCUCCAUCCCUCGUUGUCCUUCUGUCCCCCAAAGAAGAGCUGACCGGAGCUUCUAGCACAGCGGCCACCCUUAGCUCUGAUGAUCAGUCUGACAGCGACAGUGGCAUUGGGUCAGUCAGUGGGUCACCGCCGCACUGGCCCUGCUCCUCCCCACUGCACCCAGGCACCAGUUCCUCCAGGACCAAGCCCUAUUCCAUUCCCUCCAAGUCCAAAGAAACCCCUCAAGUUGCAGCCCUGACUGUGAAGGUGAAAUCGGUCUCCUCAGGAACCACUAAAGUGGUUGAGAAGAAGCUGAAGAAGAUGGAGCAAAACAAGACUGCAGCCACCCGGUACCGCCAGAAGAAGAGGGCAGAGCAAGAGGCGUUGAAUUCAGAGUGUACUGAACUGGAGAAGAAGAACCGGGAGCUGGCAGAGAAGGCAGAAUCCAUCAGGAAGGAAAUCCAGUACCUGAAGGAUCUAAUGGAGGAGGUGCGGAAAGCCAAGAGUCGGAGAAGCAGUCGUAGCAAUGUGACAUCGUAA